GAUGGAUACUCACAGUUGUCAGCUUAUGAAAGGAAAAGACUAAAGAACAUUACGGAAAAUGCUAAAUUCUUUGCUUCUCUAAAACUGCAUGAGUCAGCUGCAAGACUUCAAAAAAUUGCAACUAAAAGACAGUCUAAUGUCACCAAAAGAGCUAAGCCUAAAAAGGCAGAAGAUGAAACAGUCCGGCGGCGAUCCAUGCGCUUGCAAAGAGUGGAGCCGUCAGGAAUUCCAAUGUCGGAGCUGCCUGGCCAGCCAGAAGCAGAGGAAUAUCCUCAAGUUCCAGCUGGACCUUUGCCAAUGGUUCCAGAAGAUGAGAUGGAGAACCGUAAAUUGACAGAGGACUUACUGGCUACAUGGAUGAGGAUAAGUGAGAUGAAAGCUAAUGAUCCUGAAAAGCGCACGUGGGGCAUGAAAAGAUACCAAGAGAGCCUGAACAGCAUGGUCCUCAGCGAAGAGAACAUUAAAAAGGUGGUGAAAUACCGAGUGUGUUCGAUGGCUAUCCAUCCAUCUGAGAGCAUCAUCUUUGUGGCAGCUGGCGACAAGUCUGGGCAGAUCGGGUUCUGGAAUGUGAACUGUGAGUCUGAAGAAGGAGCGCAUGUCUUCGUUCCACACACCUACUCAGUCAACUGCAUGCACUUUUCUCCGUGCAAUCCUGCUCACCUGCUGUCUCUGAGCAAUGACGUGCUGCGAUGUGGCGAUGUUACCAGAGCUGUCUUUGAUGAGAUCUGCAGAAGUGAAGACAGCUUCUCUUCCUUUGACUUUCUGGAAGAUAAUGCCUCCACUGCCAUAGUGGGACACUGGGAGGGCAACGUCGCUGUUGUGGACAGACGGACGCCAGGAACAUCUUCGGAGCUUUCUGCAGACAUCGGCUUCAAAAGAACAAGGACAGUCCACGUUCACCCAGUGAACAAACAGUAUUUCAUUGCUGCUGGCUCUGUGGAUGUUGGUAUUUACGAUGUUCGAUACCUGAAGUCCAGUGGGAACAAGCCUGUGAGCGUUCUGAAAGGCCACACGAAAAGUGUUGCUUCUGCUUAUUUCUCACCUGUAACUGGGAACAGAGUAGUGACGGUGUGUGCUGAUGACAAGCUGAGGGUCUAUGACACCUCCUCGUUGGCGUCGACAGCCGCAGUUCUCAGUACCAUCAGUCACAACAAUAACACGGGCCGCUGGUUAACGAGGUUCAGAGCCAUCUGGGACCCCAAACAGGAGGACUGCUUCGUGGUGGGCAGCAUGGCACGGCCCCGGCAGAUAGAAGUCUUCCAAGACACUGGGAAGCUCUUGCACUCUUUUUAUAACAUUGAGUGCCUUGGGUCCGUGUGCUCCAUUAACGUGGUUCAUCCCAGUAAGAACAUCUUAGUGGGCGGCAACUCCAGCGGCCGCCUUCAUGUGUUCAAAGAAUAA